AGUUGAUUUUGGCAAAAUACAGAAUGGGUCAGUGAUUGAUCAGAAAGUGGUGUGGUAGAUGGGCAAUGCCUUCCUGGGAAGAAAGGAAGAUAAGUACAGCUAACUGCCUUUUCAAAGCUGAGGUCCCCGCGAAGGGAAAGUUAACAUGGGAAAACUACAACUCCCAGAAGUCUCUGUUUCCAGGCAAGUAGCGACGGUUGCUAUGGUUUCUGAAAACAAUAUGGCUGCUCCCAGGUGGCAUUUGAGUCAGUGUUGAGUAGGGACGUAAACGUAGAUCUGAAAGCUCUCAGUAGGGAGAGGAGACACUUGAAGGGUCCUGGGGCUGGCGUUGGGCUCUACCGGGAACGCUGAGGCCUUGCCCUGGAACCAAUGGCAAGCAGCGUGGAUGAGGAGGCUCUGCACCAGCUGUACCUGUGGGUAGACAACAUCCCUCUGUCCCGACCCAAGAGAAACCUUUCCCGGGACUUCAGUGACGGAGUCCUGGUUGCAGAGCUUAUCAAGUUUUACUUCCCCAAGAUGGUGGAGAUGCACAAUUAUGUCCCUGCCAACUCUCUCCAGCAGAAGCUCAGCAACUGGGGUCACCUGAACAGAAAGGUGCUGAACAAGCUGAACUUCUCUGUCCCGGACGAUGUGAUGCGGAAGAUUGCGCAGUGUUCUCCGGGUGUAGUGGAGCUGGUGCUCAUUCCGCUGAGGCAACGCCUAGAGGAGCGGCAGAGGCGCCAGAAGCUGGCUGCUGGCUCCUUACAGGAACUGGCUCCUCAGGAUAGCAGUGGCUAUAUGGAUAUGGGUUUGUCCCAGAAGGCUAGGGGAGACGGUGCUCCAGCCCCCGGAGAAGAACAGCUCAGAGGGGGCCGGCCGCCGGCGACCCGACUCCCUGGGUAUAACCAGGCCCUGCAGGGCGAUCCGAGCUUCGUCCUCCAGAUCGCUGAAAAGGAGCAGGAGCUGUUGGCCUCUCAAGAGACAGUGCAGGUCCUGCAGAUGAAAGUGAAGCGUCUGGAACACUUGCUCCAACUCAAGAACGUGCGCAUCGAUGACCUUUCUCGGCGCCUCCAGCAGGCUGAGCGCAAGCAGCGGUGAGCGGUGCCUGGGCUGCGUGCGCGGGCCUUCCUAGUACCUGCUAAAGCCCAGACGCCAAGACCCACCCACCCACCCACUCAUGUGCGGACUCAGGAUUGGGAGGGUAGAGCGAGCUGCUCACUAGCGCCUCCUGCAGCUGCGGCGCCAGGCAGGGUUCGGGCAAACGUGGGGGUGCUCCAAGCCGAGGCCAGGAAUGAUCCUCCUCCUUACAUUCCAUCUGGGCCAGGAGAAAGGACCACUUUCCACAGCCCAGAAAACCUGUACGAACACACGGCAUGACUUCCAAACCCGUGUCCGCUUUGAGGCUCCCGGCGCUGGGCCUGGAAAGGCGGUCCUCUGGUUUUCUCCACACCCCUAGAACCAGUUCCCUUCUCAGCUUAGAAGAUAGUCCCAUCUCCAUGCAUGCUAAUUCUCCAUGGCCUCGCACAUGAGAGAAGCUAUCCCCGGAAGCUGAGUGCUCCUCCUUGGGUGCUGGCAAGGGAACCAUCUCAGGGCUGGAGACCACAGCAGCUGCACAGGAAGGUAUAAGGUGUUGA